AUGGUUGUGAAACCUUCUAUAAAAUCAGUAUCCAUUUGUUUUGGUUAUAACUCACCUGUAAAUAUUUCAGAAUGUACUAAAAAAUAUAAAGAUUUUGUGAUAUCAAUGAAUAAUGAAGGAGUAAAUAAAGCUCAAAUACAAACUUUUCGAAUGAUCGGCGACGAAUUUUCGAUGUUAAAUUCAAAGAAAAAUAAUUUUAAAGAAAAAGAAGAAAUAUCAUUAAAAAAUACAAAUAAAUAUGAUAGAAAACAAGAUAAUUUUAUUGAAUUAUGUUUUACUAAAGAUUUAGCCAUUGCUUGGCAAGAUAACGAUAUCAAUAAUAUUAAUGUUAAAGAUACUAAAAAUUAUAUAAAUUCUGAACAAAAAGACAAAAUAGAAAAUCAAGAAAAGAUUGUCUAUAGAAAUUAUUUGUAA